UGUAUUGUGAUGGUGUAUGGUGAGGAGUGCUUCUCGGAGCGUUUACUGCCGCUGCUGGAGGGAUUUUGCUCGGAUCCGGAUGAGGAUAUACGCUGUGCGACUGCGGCUGGCUUUCAUGAGGUUUGA